AUGGCAAAAGACCAAUCAGAGCUACUGGCUUCUGAAGAACAUCACGAAGACGACAGCCUAUGGAUGAAGCCGCUUUGGGCUGCAAGGCCCGAAAUGCAGCUGUGGACGGGGCUGCAGGGUUCCCUUUUCUACCAGCCCGACUUUAUCAGAUCCGACGGGCAAGAGACCACCCCUCGGAGCCUCACUUUGAGUCACCACAAACUUCCAUUGACGGCAUUAUUGUCAGUUUCUUUCAGUCUCUAG